AUGGCCCACCGAUACAAAAGAGAUGCGCACACCUCACACACAGAGCGUAGCCAUGGCACUGGAGAGAUACGCCAAGUUCAAAAUGUCGCGUUCGAAGACGCUUCAGCAAAGGCGAACGUCAGGCCUUGGACAAAAGCCAUGUUCAAGCUAUAUUUAUGCCUCUUCAUCGCCACACUCAAUUCCUGUAUCAACGGCUACGAUGGAUCUCUCAUGGGAGCCAUCAACAGCUAUGAGCAAUAUCAAGAUUAUUUCCACUUCACCGAAGAAGGAACACCUACCACGGGCAUAGUCUACGCCAUCUACACCAUCGGCAAUCUAGUCGGCUCCUUUGUAGCCGGGCCUGCUACUGACUUUCGUGGAAGGAAAUGGGGCAUGUUUAUAGGAUGCUCGGUCAUCAUCCUCGGAGCAUGCGUGCAAGCUACCUGUACCAAUCUGGGCGGCUUCAUGGGUGGCCGGUUCGUCCUUGGUUUUGGUGUUGCCAUCACCUCGACGGCUGGACCAGCAUAUGUGUCCGAGAUGGCACAUCCCACCUAUCGUGGCGUGUGUACUGGCAUCUUCAACACGUUUUGGUGGGUUGGCGGUAUCCCAGGCUCUUUUGUACCCUAUGGCACGAGUCGGAUCGAGGGCACAGAUUCCUGGCGCAUACCCAUCUGGCUACAACUAGUAUUCGCUGGCAUAGUAUUGAUCUGCAGUCCGUUCUUGCCAGAAACUCCAAGAUGGCUCAUCGCCAACGAUCAACAUGAACAAGCCCUGGACACAAUGGCUUGCUUUCACGGCGAAGGCAAUCGUGAUUCACCCAUUGUCAAGCUCGAAUACAAAGAAAUGGUCGAAGAUAUCAGCACCACUGGCUCCGACAAACGCUGGUGGGACUACAGCGAACUGUUCAACACCCGCGAAGCUCGCUACAGAACCAUGCUCGUCCUCGCCAUGGCCUUCUUUGGACAACUAUCGGGUAACGGCCCCGUCUCGUACUACUAUCCGACCCUGCUUCGUGGCGUAGGCAUAACAAGCAACAACACACGCCUCCUGUUCAAUGGCAUGCAAAACGUCGUCUCCUUUGCCGGCGCCAUCUUCGGCGCAGUCUACACGGACAAUUGGGGUCGACGCCCUCAACUCCUCGUCUCCACCGCCACCCUCGUCAUCAUCUUCAGCAUCAUCUGUGCCCUCAACGCCACGAACCUGAAAACCAGGCCGGACGGCUCCGUCAUCUACACCGAAGACGGAAGUACACCAGUCAUCAAACGUCCUGGACAAGCCAAGGCCGUCAUUGCCUUUUUCUUCCUCUUUGGCUUUGUCUAUUCGACGGGCUGGACGCCGUUGCAGCAGUUGUAUCCCGUCGAGUGCUUGCGAUAUGAGUCCCGGGCCAAGGGCAUGGCGUUUUACAAUUUCUGGGUCAAUGUGGCGAAUUUUUAUAAUACAUUUGUGACGGGGAUUGCGUUUGCGGGGGCGGGUUGGAAGUACUACUUCCUCUUCAUCUUCUGGGACUCGUUCGAAUUCCUCUUCAUCUACUUCUUCUUCGUCGAAACCCGCCGUCGCACCCUCGAAGAACUCGGCGAAAUCUUCACCGCUCGCAGACCGGUGCGUGCCUCUCUGUCCAAGACUAAAAUCAUCAUGCGUGGAGUCGGUCAGGGCGUCACGGAGAUGCAGGAUAAACUGGAUGUGGGCGUGAUGGAGCGGGAGGUUGUGGGUGCUGGGUGGAGUGGGGUUGGUGGGGGGAGGGGUGCCGGUGCUGGUGCUGGUGGGGGGAAUCAGGCGAGGGAGGUGCGUGGGUUGGGGAAGGGUGCUGUGAGGCGUAGUUUGUAG